GCCAGGUCUCGUGACAAGCAUUCGGUCGUGUCAUCUACUCCGCCAUCUUGUGCAAGUCAUCUUCUCUUCACUUAUCCUCAUUUGGGCGGUGUUUCUCUCUUAUUCAACCUCACAAAACUCACCAAAAUGUCUGACGGAGACCAGCCAUCCUACGUAGCUUUUUUUGGUGUAAUGGGGGCGACGGCCGCUAUGGUUUUUAGUGCCCUAGGAGCAGCUUACGGAACAGCGAAAAGCGGUACAGGGAUCGCAGCGAUGAGUGUGAUGAGACCAGAGCUGAUCAUGAAGUCCAUUAUUCCAGUCGUUAUGGCUGGUAUUAUCGCCAUUUAUGGCCUGGUCGUAGCAGUUCUUAUUGGAAGCUCAAUCAGCAAAGAUUACACUCUUUACAAGAGCUUCCUCGAUCUAGGCGCUGGUCUGAGCGUUGGGCUGAGUGGUCUUGCAGCAGGUUUUGCCAUCGGCAUAGUCGGUGAUGCAGGUGUCAGAGGUACAGCCCAGCAGCCACGUCUGUUUGUCGGCAUGAUCCUCAUCCUUAUCUUUGCUGAAGUCCUGGGAUUGUACGGCCUGAUCGUAGCCCUAAUUCUCACUACCAAGAACUCUUAGAUAUCUAGCUAAUACACUUAGAAUGAUGCAUGUAUAAUUACUUUGGUUGUACAGCCCAACUGUUUUGAAUUCGAAAUCAUUUAAAUCAAAAAAUGUAUUGGUACCUAUGUUUUCAUUUAUCUAUCCCUGAUUCAUCAGAUCUUUGGAAUAAAAAAGAUUAAAUGUAUUUUUUAUUCUGUUUUCGAGCCCCCACUGCUCAAGUUGUUCUGUACAAGCUUUGUAAUUAUUGCCAGGGUCUAAAGGUGUACUACUGGUUAAUAAUGUUUCUUGGUUUGUUUAUGCAAACAUGCUCAGAUGGGAAAUUUGAGACUUGUUUGCUUUGGAUUUGAGCUGGCUCGCACUCUUUUUGGUCAAGUUGCUGUUGAAACUAAUGAAAAAUUGCAAAUCGUGAUAAGUGAAAAUGUGAUCAUUAUAAAACAGGAGCUAGGCAUUUUUUUAUGAUGUAGAAUGACAAAAUAUCCAAGUCUGACAUAGUACUUCCAUUAUAUUUCAUUGUGAUUCUGUUAGGCAUUCGUGUACUGAAGCAACAAAAUACUAAAAAAUGAACUCUGUAAAAUGUCUAAAGAAAUCUGUUGUUGAGGUAGGGGGGCUGACUUGACACAAGUUGACCCUUUUUACUGUCUAAGUGAACUGCAGUCGUGUGUACCUUCUGUGGUGCUGUAAGUUUAUGGAUAUAUCUAUUGAAAGAUACAGCAAUGUAAGGGGGUUUACAUUAUAGUAAGGACACCGUACAUAUCGAGUAACUAAAUACUAUAUACAUUAGGUGAUGGAAUUACUGUAUGCUUCUGUUGAAUAAAAUGCUGUUCCAGA